AUGGACGCCGUAGACAGCUUGAUCGACACGGUCGCCCCCCGGUGGAAGCAGUUAGCGCACACGCAGGAGGUGAAUUUAGACUGCGACACCAAGUUCCAACCAGAAGACGGCGACAAGAAGGCGGUGCACUACUUGAGUAAGUUCGAGCGAAAGGAUGUGGAGAACCAACUGCGCGCUGGGGGAGGCGCAAGGUGGACGUAUUUGACCACGCAACCCCGGUUAGUCGGCAUGGCGGCAUUGGCAUACGCGGACAAUGAGGUGC